UUUGAGUGCUGAUGAUUCCUCUACAACCUCAUAGACCCUGGUGGAGUCAGCGGGAGGCAGACUGCCAUGGGCUCCUGCUCAGGGGACCCCCACCUGGGCGGGGCCUCCUGGCUCCUGGGACUCACCAGCCUCCUCCUCAGCGUCUGCAGCACUGGCACCCAGCGUUCUGAAGCCCAUGGUUCUGGAGUUGAGGAUUCUGGAAACCCCGUUUCUCUGAAGGGGAUGCAAGGAGCUUCUGUGUUGUUUCAAGUGCUCAGAAACCCAGACUUGCCUGCAGGAGUUGAGCUGGAGAAGAUGACCUGGGGGAUCUCCUCCGGGGCAAACUACACAACCCUGCUGCAGGUCUCCCCUGGGGCACGCGAUCCAGAAUGGGUCAACUUCCAGGACAAGUUCCAGAAGAGGGUCCGUGUGCUCAACAUUACGACCCUGAGGAUGAACAACCUGACCCCGGAGGACACUGGGCUGUACCGGGCUCGGGACUUCUACUCCAGAGGAAGACAAUACGACCAGGAUUUCCACCUGACUGUGUAUGAGCCCCUGCCCCUUCCCCAGAUCCGGACCACGAAUCUGUCCACCACCCCAGGCUGGUGCAACGUCACCGUGCAGUGUGACGCCCCAGGAACCAGGGAGGACCUGACCAUGUCCUGGAGGAGCAGGGGACUCCCCAGGGAGCUGGAACAGGGAGGGGCCCCAGGACCAGCCCCCAACCCCUGGACCCUGGCUCUGAGCCUGCCCCUGACCCAGCCCAGCGCCAGCCUCACCUGUGUGCUCAGCAACCAGGUGGACCAGAAAACUGCCUCCUUGGACCUUGGGGACAUCUGUGGCCACGGUGAGUGCAUCCUGCAGAGGGGAGGGGCUCCCGGGGCUCAGGCAGCCCUGGGAGCCGCCAGGGGCCCCCACACUGAGAGUGAGGCUCUGCGCCAGGAUGAGCCUCCUCUGCAGCCCCAAGCCCUGGACGGCAGCGGCCACGUGUCCUCAGAGGUGGGCACCGUGUCCUGUUCCUCUCAGCCCCCGGGCCUCAAGCAGGAGCUCGGGAAGUGUUGA